UGCCCAGGUCUUCUCUCUGUGUGUCUCUCCUCAACCUCACUACACAGACAAAGGGAUCACAUCUUCAUCUUCUAAGCCACAGUGCCGUAAUUGAAAGAAAAGGGAACUAGAACUUACGAAGCAUCCUUUCUUUCUCUGUUCAUUCUACUUUUCAUUGGAUUUUUGCACAUUGCAAGUUUUGCUAUAGAGUUCUUUUGGUUUGUGGUAAGCAAGAAUAAAGUCGUUCAUUGAAGAAGAUUGACUACUUCUUCCGAAUCCGUUCUGGGCCUUUUUAUUUUGAUUUUCAUUGCUCGUAUAAUUUCUGGCCUCGGUGGAUUGCAUUGUUUGUUUUGCUCAGUUUUGAAUCUUGUAGCUUUCCUCCUUGUUUAUUUGCGCUCGCUGCUUGAUUUCUUCCAACUUGUAUUGCAACAGAACAAAUUGAUUAAAAGACAGCCAAAUUUUUUUUUACAUACAAAGGAUUAUCAAUCGAAGACUGUGCUAGUGUCAGUGCUUUCAUCUCGUGAGUGAUUAGACACUCCCAUUCCAUUCAUAAUGAUCCUGUAUCACAAAAGAUUCAAACGAGUUUUUCUCGUCGUCUGUCUAAUUGCUUGUCUCGUUUUUUUGCGAUACCGAAAUGAUUUUCGUGGUGUACUGAACGUUUUGGAAACUUCCGUCUUCAGAAACCCUUUCGCAGAUUAUCAAACGAAAUCUUUUGAUAUUGCCAGUCUUCCAGAAUCAAAGCGCUCCGAAUGGCUUCCUAAUGGCCGUGUCAAUGCUGCUUUUGUCAGUCUUGCUCGUAAUCAAGACCUGGCGGAUAUGGUUCAGUCUGUCCAGCGUUUAGAGCGCCGGUUUAAUCAUAAGUAUCAUUACCCUUGGGUAUUUUUAAAUGACGAGGAGUUUAGUGAUGAAUUCAAGAGUCGCAUUAAUGAAACUGCUUCUGGUCAUGUCGAGUUCGGCGUCAUUCCCAAAGAACAUUGGUGCAUACCUGAAUCGGUCAACCAGGACAUGAUGCAUGAAAAUUGGGAGCAUCUCAAAGAAAAGGGCAUUCUUUAUGCAGACUCUGAAUCAUAUCGCCAUAUGUGUCGCUUUGAAUCGGGCUUCUUUUACCGUCACCCCCUCGUUAAAAAAUAUGAUUACUAUUGGCGUGUUGAGCCUAGCGUCGACUUCUGGUGUGAUGUAGACUUCGAUCCUUUUGCUUAUAUGAAGGAAAAUAAUAAGGUUUAUGGCUUUACCAUCACCGUCACUGAAUACGCCGACACUAUCCCAACUUUAUGGGAAAAUACCCGUAAUUUCUUAAAGCUCCAUCCAAAUGCCGUCCAUCCUAAUAGCGCUCUUAAUUUUAUAUCUGAUAAUGAUGGCAAAACCUAUAAUGGAUGUCAUUUUUGGACCAACUUUGAAAUUGCUAAAGUUGAUUUCUGGGAAAGUGAUGUAUACUCACAAUACUUUGACUACUUGGAUAAUACCAACGGCUUUUUCUAUGAACGCUGGGGUGAUGCUCCUGUGCACAGCAUUGCCGCUGCCCUAUUCACCGAUCGCGAGUCAAUUCACUUUUUUAAUGAAAUCGGAUAUUGGCAUCCCAGCAGCGGCCACUGUCCUCUUGACGAACAAACUCUAACAAAAUGUGAGUGUAACCCCCAUGAUUCGAUCGAUUUUAGCGGCUGGAGCUGUUUAAGCAAAUAUUACACCGCUUUCGAAAGACCCUUUCCUGAGAAUUGGAGUACAUUUUUAAUUUAGCCAUAUUUAUUCCUGGCUAAUAAUUUUUUGGUUAUUAAUUUUCCCUUGCUUUAAACUUUUUUCGCUGUCUAUAUCAUGCAAUCUAAUUAUCUAUGAGUUUAUUUGCCUUUGCUUUUUGUACAUUCUUCCCCUUUCCUUGUUUUUCUAUAAUUUUUUUCCUCAUUAUACGACUACUCGAAAGAAUAAUAAGCUUUUUAUAGUCCUUUUUUUAAAAUAAAAUAGCACAUUUAAUUCUUCAUGAUCGCAAAAGUUGUAGCUCUAUACCUUGGUCAUGUUCACUAUUUUCCAUUGUAUGCAGGGGAACGUUCUCCAUCCUUGAAGCUGCUGAAGGCGACCUAUUGAAGGUUUUCAAAUAAUGUUUGGUUAGUAGCAGAUCUUUCCGUGUGAUAAGCCCUACGAGAAUUCCAUCCUUCUCGACGUGGA